AUGCGCAUUCUCGUCGGUUUCACCAUCGCUAUCGCCGUUAACGCCAUCCUCAACUCUAAACCGUCUGGUAAAUAUUGUGGUUCUCCGGUUAUUCCCACGAAGGGUGAAGGAUUCGUCCAGAUCAAUAUAAAAAGCGUUACCGCCUUCGACAUUGCGGCCUCGUGGACUCCCACUG